GGGUGUGGAGGGCGGAGCGCGGGGGCGGGCCAGGCGGCUCCACCUCCUGGAGGCAGGAGCUGCUGCAGACCCCGCGGCUUCUGGGUUGCGGGUGUCUGUGAGUGUCCCUACUUCCCCCAGUGCACACGCCCCCGCCCCAGCGAGAGGCGGAGGCCGAGGCCGGCUGGAAGAGCCGGUGGGGCCCCAGGUCCCCGCACGGCACUGCUGCCCCCCCCCCCGGGGAUCUUCCGGCCGCAGGUGUCCGCCCCCACAGGGGUCUGUCUCGCGCAGGUGUCCCUCCUGUGCAAGCGUCCGUCCGGGGCAGGGGGCCGUCCCGCGUGGCAGUUUGUGCGCUCCCGCGGGUGCCCCUCACCGCACCUCGGCCAUGGUGGACGUCCUGGGCGGCCGGCGCCUGCGGACCCGCGACGGCGCGUGGGUGGAGGCCGAGGCUGCGCUGCAGAACAAGGUGGUGGCUCUGUACUUCGCCGCGGGCCGGUGCGCGUCCAGCCGCGACUUCGCGCCGCUGCUCCGCCGCUUCUACGCCGAGCUGGUGGCCGAGGCGCGGCCCCCCGCGCCCUUGGAGGUGGUGUUCGUGUCCGCGGACCGCAGCGAGCAGGAGAUGCUGGACUUCAUGCGCGAGCAGCACGGCGCCUGGCUGGCGCUGCCCUUCUACGACCCCCUCCGGCAUGAGCUGAGGACCAGGUACCACAUCUCAGUCACCCCCAGGCUGGUGGUUGUGAAACCGAGCGGGGAGGUCAUCACCGACAAAGGGCGGAAGCAGGUCCGAGAACAGGGGCUGGCCUGCUUCCAGAACUGGGUAACAGCCGCCAACAUCUUUCAGAAUUUCUCCGGAUGACAUGGGGGUCUCCAGGCCUGGGCAGGUGUGCAAGCACGGGAGAAGGGGAGCUGGCUGGUUUCCAGUCUCUGCCUACCAUGGAGGAACUCAUGUCAGAGCAGGGGUGCGAACACCGCCCAGAAGGAGUGCCCUCUGGCAGCCGGUGAGGAGUUCCUGUGAUUAUUAGCAUAGCUUUCUCAGCGGGAGCUGGAGCUUGAACAGGCUCAUGUGGAGCUCCUGGAAACAUGUAUUUAUACCUGCUCUUCAGGUGAGAUGAUACAUUUAUUGAUACAUUGCACAUUUAUUGAUAGAUCGUCUGGAUCAUCGUCUGGAUUUAUGUUGGUGACUGGCUCUAACCCCUCCAUUUAUUGCCGAGGUUUGCAGAAGCCACAUG